AUGAAGUUUCUUGCAGCUUUCCUUUCGUACCUUUCGUCCUCUUUUGUCCUUGCAUCUGCGACAGAGGAAGAGUGUAAAUGUAUACCUGCCAGUAGCUGCUGGCCUGCGGACGCUGAAUGGUCUUCUCUAAACACAACUCUUAAUGGCACGUUAAUCCGUGGAGUGCCACCAGGAGCAGUGUGCUACCCAGAUCAACCUAGCUACGACGAAGAAGCAUGCACAUUCGUUGCGUCGCAAUGGUUUAACUCAACAUGGCAUGCAGCAAAUCCCGUCAGCGUUGAUUAUCCUCUCUGGACGAACAACUCUUGCAAUCCAAUCUGGCCGAACGGCACUAGUCUGACCGGAGAUGUUACUGCUGGAGCAAGAGGAUGCUCGAUUGGCGCUUACCCUGCCUAUGUGGUCAACUCGACGGCCCCCGAGCAGGUUGCUGUAGCCUUGAUGUGGGCGGACAAGCACAACUUACGUGUCGUCGUCAAGAGCACGGGACAUUCCUUGCUAGGGCGUAGCAUUGGCUAUGGGAGUCUCAGCAUCUGGACCCACCAUCUCCGCGGCAUUGACUACAUUGAAGACUUCAAGCCUACGUCGUGUCCGAUCGAUGGCAAGCUGGCUGCUGCUCGAAUUGCAGCAGGCCAUACGGGUGUCGAGGUCCAUACUGAACUUUCGAAGCACAGCGCAAUCGUUGUCACUGGCGCUAAUCCGGAUGUUGGCUUGGUAGGCUGGCUCACGGGCGGAGGCCAUGGUCCGCUGUCAAGGACAUAUGGCAUGGGUGCCGAUAACCUCCUCGAAGCGACCAUCGUGACUCCAGAUGGGAAAAAGCUCCUCGCAAACCCUUGCAAGCAUAGUGAUAUCUUCUUCGCUAUCCGUGGUGGUGGCGGAGGUUUCAUACAUGCGGAAAUGCCUCGACUGAAAGAUGGUGGUAUGCAAGGAUACUAUUACGUCGGCGGACUACCCAUCGUUCCAUCGCUCUCGUUUCAGUGGUCAUUCUAUCUAUAUGACAAGCCGAAUGGAACGGUAGAGAGAUUAAUGGCGCCCGUUGAAGAGUAUCUAAAAGACCGCGGCCAUCUCUUUGCGCAUCAAUCGAAUAUUACACACGCUGAUACAUACUUCGACUACUUCGGCGCGGCGUUGGCGAAUGAACAGGUAGCUACCGGCGGAAUUGCGAUAGGUUCACGUCUACUCAGCGCGAGGAGCUUAUCAGAUCCAAAUGCUACUGCGAAAGUGUUUGCAAACAUUGGGCCGAGUACAGAUCCGCUGAAACCAAAUGCACCGGUCACCAACCCUCUCUUCAUCGGCCACAUGAUCGCGCACCCAGACAUCCCUACAUAUUACCCAGAUAUCAUCUCCAUGAACCCUGCUUGGCGCAAUACCAUCGCGCAUUUCAUUGUUGUCUCAACCUGGCAAGACGGCAUGCCGCAACCCGUCAUCGAUAGCGUAUACAAAGACAUUACAUACAACAAAACCGAAGCACUUCGCAAGCUAUCACCCGAGACGGGAGCGUACUUCAAUGAGGCGGACUCAUACGAGCCGGGAUGGCAGCAGUCUUUCUUUGGCGAGCAUUACGAUAGACUUAAAGCUAUCAAGGAGAAGUAUGACCCGCACAAUGUCCUUUGGUGUCGACGAUGUGUUGGAAGUGAGGCGCUAGUUGAGCAGCCUGAUGGCAGAUUGUGUGCGCCGCGCUACGAAAAAGGACUUUUCACAGCCAGCGUGAGAAGAGGAAAUGGAAUAGAGUAUACAACUCGGGGUCUAGUGAAUCAGAUGGGAUUGUAA